AUGUGGCCUCCCACGUCGUCGUCGUCGUCGUCAUCAUCAUCAUCGCAGUCGUCGCAGAAAACCCGCCCUACGAACGCCUCGAGCCCUCAUGACCGGCCUGACCCCUCAACUCUCCUACAAAUCUGCCCCACGAAGCCCGAAACCACCUACACCCACACCAGACCUUCAGCCCGCGCAACUUCACCUACUAACGGGGUCAAGGCACCCACCCCGACGCUAACCCAACCCCUACACGCCACCCCGAAUCAACCCCAUAUCGCGAAGCGCACAGAGCACCUCUGGACUUGCGCACCAACGCCCCAACCCACCGGCCCAACCCCCGGAGACAACCGAGCCCACCCACGACCUCAACCCAAACCGGGGUGCCACUCAGAAAAACAAGCCACCACCCAGACCGUGUGCAUACCUCCCAACUCGGCGAGCUACAGCCCACCUCCGAUCCGUGCGAAGACGCGACGCAGUUGGGACUGUUCCUUCCCAACUCCCUGCUGCUACCUCUCUCUUCCUACCCCCAACUAUCCCACCACUGUUCUCUGCGACCGAGUUCAAGCCGCAUAA